AUGAAGCUUGUUGGGAAUACAAAGAAGGCCCUCGUGGUAAACCUCUGCUUCCUAAGUAUGGAGCGAACGUCUAAGUACUUCCCCAAGGAGAGGGGGAAGAAGAUAUCGAUAACGUACGAAGAUGAGCCGAAUGGAAGUACCAUCAGACGAGUGGGGGGAGUAGAGUAUCGCUUGACAGCAAAGGUGGAAGUGACUAAGGGGGAGACAAGUCCACAUUUUGUAAAGGGAGAAUAUCCCAACGUGGAAGAGAAGCUCAUCCCUGUAGGGGGAAACAUUCGAAAUGGUAGAAAAGAACGACUGGGUAGGCGUACCAGCCAGGAUGGCAAGCGCGGCACCAAACGGGUGCCUGUAAAAAAGAAUGAUUUGAGGAAGGUUGAUAGUGAGCUUAGGAGGAAGCUUGUUAAGGUGAUGGGGGGGUCGGCUGCUGGUGAUGGGUUCGGUUCUAACGAUCGUGAUGAAGACCCUGCUGCCCCCCAGGGGGAGGAGAAGCUAGCACACUUCCUCCGGACAUAUGAGAAGAUUAGCAAAAUGCGCGAGCACAUCGUGGCGCCGGUGGACAAGUACGGUUGCCACAUGCUGAGCGACAAAAAGGAAAGUGAAAAGGUCUAUCGCUUCCAAACUCUGGUCUCGUGCAUGCUGUCCACAAGGACGAGAGACGAGUGCACCGCCAUGGCUAUGGAACGACUAAAAGCACACGGACUAACCGUACACAACAUGCUAAAGACGUCUGAAGAGAAAUUAGAAAAAUUAAUAAAAACCGUAGGUUUCUACAAGAUAAAAGCUAAACAGAUCAUUCAGAUUAGCCAAAUAUUGAGAGACAAAUAUGACUACGACAUUCCACACACACUGGAGGAGUUACUAAAAUUGCCUGGCAUAGGACAGAAGGUGGCUCACCUUAUUUUACAGACUGCACUGAAUACACAUGAAGGGAUAGCUGUGGACAUACACGUGCAUAGGAUUUCUAACCGUUUGAAUUGGGUAUGUACAAAAAACGAGUCAGUUACGCAAUCCAAGUUGGAAAGUUAUGUCCCCAAAGCUCUGUGGUCUGAGUUAAAUAAAACCCUCGUUGGAUUUGGACAGGUUGUGUGCAAGGCGAAAAGUCCGCAUUGCACCAUGUGCGCAGUGACGGACUGUUGUAAGUACUACCAGGACACCCGAGGGGGGAAACCGCCCCCCGGUGUGAAGUGA